UGCGCCGCGCGCCCCGGUUCCGCCGCCGAGGCUCCGGGCCGGUCCCCGCUCGCCGCUCGCCCCGCGGGGCUAUGAGGCCGUAGGGCCCGCGGGCCGGAGCCGCCUUCCGCCGCCAGCAUGUUCGGCCGCUCCCGCAGCUGGGUGGGCGGCGGGCACGGGAAGGCCUCCCGCAGCAUCCACUCCUUGGACCACCUCAAGUACAUGUAUCAUAUUUUGAGUAAAAAUACAGUAGUAACAGACCACAACCGCAACCUGCUGGUGGAGACCAUUCGUUCCAUAACGGAGAUCCUGAUCUGGGGGGACCAGAAUGACAGCUCAGUGUUUGACUUUUUCUUGGAGAAGAAUAUGUUUGAGUUCUUCCUGAACAUCCUGCGGCAGAAGUCAGGUCGUUAUGUGUGUGUGCAGCUGCUGCAGACUCUGAACAUCCUUUUUGAGAACAUCAGCCAUGAAACAUCCCUGUACUACCUGCUCUCUAAUAACCAUGUGAAUUCUAUUAUUGUCCACAAAUUUGACUUUUCUGAUGAGGAGAUCAUGGCAUAUUACAUAUCAUUUUUGAAAACUCUUUCCCUGAAACUCAAUAAUCACACUGUACAUUUCUUUUAUAAUGAGCACACUAACGACUUUGCUUUGUACACUGAAGCUAUUAAAUUUUUUAACCACCCCGAAAGCAUGGUCAGGAUUGCUGUUAGGACUAUAACUUUAAAUGUCUACAAAGUGUCAUUGGACAACCAGCCUAUGCUGCAUUACAUUCGAGAUAAAACUGCAGUUCCUUAUUUCUCCAACCUCGUCUGGUUUAUUGGCAGCCACGUGAUAGAGCUGGAUAACUGCGUGCAGACUGAUGAAGAGCACAGAAAUAGGGGCAAACUGAGUGACCUGGUAGCAGAACAUCUUGAUCAUUUGCAUUACCUGAAUGAUAUCCUUAUCAUUAACUGUGAAUUUUUAAAUGAUGUGCUGACAGACCACCUACUUAAUAGGCUCUUUCUUCCCCUCUACGUGUAUUCAUUAGUAAAUCAAGACAAGGGUGGAGAGCGUCCAAAAAUAAGUCUCCAGGUUUCCCUCUAUCUUCUUUCUCAAGUUUUUCUGAUUAUACAUUAUGCUCCUUUGGUGAACUCGUUGGCUGAGGUUAUACUCAAUGGGGACCUCUCAGUGUUUUCUUCUAAGAUUGAGCAAGAUAUACAGAAAAACUCAGCAAAGUCAAGUAUCAGAUGUUUCAUAAAACCCACAGAAUCACUUGAGAGGUCUCUUGAAAUUAACAAACAGAAAGGGAAGAAGAGGAUGCAGAAAAGACCCAACUAUAAAAAUGUUGGUGAAGAAGAUGAAGAGGAGAGAGGCUCUGAGGACAACCAAGAUGACCUUGAUAAAAGUAAAGGUACAGAAGGAAGUUCAAAGGGUGUAAGAACAAGCACCGAAAAUGAAGAAAUAGAGAUGGUAAUCAUGGAGAGGUGUAAGCUGUCAGAGCUGUCUAUCUCUGCUGUGACAGAACAGAAUACAACAGAUGAAGAAAAGAGUGCAGCUGCUUCUGGGAGUGAGAUGACAAACUGGAACAGGCCUUUUCUUGAUAUGGUCUAUAAUGCACUGGACUGUCCUGAAGAUGAUUACUAUGCCCUCUUUGUGCUCUGUCUUUUAUAUGCAAUGUCACACAACAAAGGACUUGACUCAGUCAAGCUGGAGAGAAUUCAACUUCCAGCUCAACAUUCUGAAGAGAGAAAUUCGUACAAUCAUGUCCUUGCAGAAGGGCUUAUCAGGAUAAUGAAUUAUGCUGCACAACCAGAUGGGAAAAUUCGUUUGGCAACUUUAGAACUUGGCUGCCUAUUGCUGAAGCAGCUUGUGUUUUCCAAAAAUGGCAGGAUCAUAAAAAGUGUUCACCUUGAUUGUCUUGAGGGUGCAAGGGAGGAAAGUGUUCAUCUCCUUCGUCGCUUCUAUAAGGGAGAAGAAAUCUUUCUGGAUAUGUUUGAAGAUGAAUACCGGAGUAUGACAAUGAAACCUAUGAAUGUAGAAUACUUGAUGAUGGAUGCCUCAAUCUUGCUACCCCCAACGGGGACACCUCUGACUGGGAUUGAUUUUGUGAAAAGGUUGCCUUGUGGAGAUGUGGAAAGAACACGAAGGGCAAUCAGAGUUUUCUUUAUGCUCCGUUCACUGUCGCUGCACUUGCAAGGUGAGCUGGAAACUCAGUUACCACUCACGAGGGAGGGAGAUCUGAUAAAGGCAGAUGAUGUUCUGGAUUUGAAUAACAGUGAUCUGAUUGCCUGCACAGUUGUAACAAAGGAUGGGGGUCAAGUUCAAAGAUUCCUGGCUGUGGAUAUUUACCAGAUGAGUUUGGUUGAACCAGAUGUUGCCAGACUUGGAUGGGGAGUAGUUAAGUUUGCAGGCCUUCUGCAGGAUAUGCAGGUGACUGGAGUAGAGGAUGACAGCAGAGCCCUGAACAUAAUCAUUCACAAGCCUGCCUCCAGCCCUCACUCGAAGCCCUUCCCCAUCCUCCAGGCCACGUUUAUUUUUGCAGAUCACAUUCGCUGCAUCAUCGCCAAGCAGCGCCUGGCCAAAGGCCGCAUCCAGGCUCGGCGCACCAAAAUGCAGAGGAUAGCAGCUCUCCUGGAUCUUCCUGUUCAGCCUUCAACUGAAGUUAUGGGUUUUGGACACAGCUCUGGAGCUGCAGCCCAGCACCUCCCAUUUAGAUUCUAUGACCAGUCCCGGCGUGGGAGCAGUGACCCCACAGUGCAGCGCUCUGUCUUUGCAUCUGUUGACAAAGUCCCAGGCUUUGCUGUAGCCCAGUGCAUCAAUCAGCACAAUCCAUCCCCACUGUCGUCACCAUCCCCUUCCAGUGGCAGUGGCAGUACAGGGCGCUGUGAUUCAGUGACUGCAAGCUCGACGUCCACUCCUUCUGCUGCUCAGAGCCCAGCAGAUGAUGCUUCAGCUCCAGAGCAGCCUCUGACGGCCAGUUCCAGUCAGACGAUGUUGACUGAUGAAACUCUUUCAGCUGUUUCAAAGUCCAGCAGAAAUGCUGUAAAAGGCAGUGACAUAGAAACAGCCAACCUGUCUCCCAGCCUGAUUCCUGCACAGCAGCCCACGAUAUCCCUCCUCACAGAUGACAGCACGGACACGCUGAGCGUGGAGUCGCUCACGCUGGUGCCCCCAGUGGAUCCACACAGCAUUCGAACCUUCAGCUGCAUCCCUCAGGCCUCUCUGCAGUCUGAAACGGAGCUUGACAAGGUGAAGGAGGUAGAGGAAGAAUCUUCUGACUAAAGCCACCAUGCAGACUGUAAUAAACAGUGAAGGAAGUGCAACCAAAUUGUGAUUGUUUUUCCUCUGGGAGUGCAGAUACUUCUGGAGGCCUGAGAGGCCUCAGGUCCACAUGAAGGGACCAAGUGGUGACAGAGAAUGUCAGCAGUUUUUAGAGCCAACAUCGGAUACUCAGCAUAUCUGAACUGGGGAAGAGAGAAAAACCCAAACUUUUGAAUCUGGAUUGGUUCUUUCCUACCAGUUUCUCUUAUACAAGAAUAUGGACAUAUUUCAGAGGACCUACUGUCUUUCUAAUAGGAACUAAUUAAGUGUAAAAGGUCUACAGUAUUAUGGCAAAGUGAAGAGACUUUUGGAUACCCAGCUUCAUGGUACUGCAUUACUACGUCUCUGAAACGGGAGACAUGCCAUUGACCAGAAAAAAUUAUAUAUUAUAGGACAGAGGUAACACUUCCAUUUGAGUCAGGGUGUGUUUUUUCAGUUUGGUUUGGGAUUUUAUUUGUGGAAGAGGGGUUUUGGGGUUUUAUUUGGUUUGGGUUUGUCUUUGGGGUUUUUUUAUUGGUUGUUUUGGUUUUUGGUUUUUUUUUUAAUCCUGAUCUUGUUAAUCUUUUGGAGAUCUGCACAAUACCAGCAGGCUUGGCCACAUUCAGUAUUGUCUUUGUAGGACUCCAGACUUAAAUAUUAUGUUUUCCAUAUGUAAUAUUUAUUUCAAGGUUUGAUUCAAAUUUAAAACACAAUGUUUGUUCAAAUUAACAUAAGGGAUUUUUGAGACUACUUUAGUCUUUGCUUAGCUACCUAGAGAGGAAUGUAAAAUGUUUUAAAAGAUUGCUAUAGCUUGUUUGUUCACUUCUGACAGUCAAAUUGCUACACAUCUGAGGAAUGGUGAUAUCCCUGCAACUGAACAACAACUUCAAGAAGCAGACAGAAGCAGUUUUACUUUAAAGAGGUUUUUCAAAUUUUUCAUAGUCAUGUAGGAAGAAAGUCACCAUAUCUAACUGAUAAUUCCUUUGCAAGUCUGAUCUUGAAAGGUAUUGUGGUUUUUUUUUUUCCUGUCUGGGAUAGUAUCCCAGUUAAACAACAUUGCUACAUAAAAGUGUUAACAUUACUUCCUAGAUCCUGACACCAAGUUGACAGAAAAGGGAGAGAUAUUUCUUAAAGUUUGGAAUGUGCUUUGCUGAUUUGAUACAUAAUUUAACAUGAAAGGAAUUUAAGAUUUUUCAUCAAUUUCCAAGUAAGUUAAUUUAAAUUAAUAGUAAAAUGAGUAGCUUGUCAUUGCUGGUCUAUUCUUAACACUGAGCUGGCAGUUCCUCAGAGCAGGACUGCUGUUUACUUGGUAUUGAUUUCAGUCACACUGCAGUCUGUGUCCUCAUUCUGUCUCUACUGGCAUUGAGUUCUUACCAAACGGGUGAACCUGCAAAGUUUUUACACUUCCCAGUUGCUUAUUGAACCUCUUUCUGGCUGUCAUAUGGAAUACUUGAAGUGAUUUUUCAGUGAUACCUCUGUGUGUGUGUAUCUAUAUAUAUACACAUGUACAGAUAUAUAUGUGUAUAUGUAUAUAUAUGAGAUUGACUAAUUCACGGGUACCACUUUUCUCACUUUUUCUGUCUUCUCCUUCACAUAAUAAUUGAAUCUUUGCCAACUGGAUAUAUGAGGUGUCUGCUACUGAAUGCCAGUAAUUUUUUCCCCCUGUUAACUUUUUCAUGCAGCUUUGAUUUCUGAUUUUCUGUGAUUUCUACUUUAUCUCAAAUUGAAUUUACUGAUACUCUGACCAUUCCAGAGUAGCCCAGACUCUAAUUGAACUCAGAGUUGGGUGUCCUCAGCACUGUGGUGGAUUUUGUGUGAAAAUCUCACAUUACUGGAAUAAGAGCCUACUUUUUUUGGGUUUUUUGGUCUCAUGCUGAAGAUGUAUUUGCACUCAUGCAGUCACUAUUGCAGCUAAUGUGCAUGUACCUGAACAAGCACAUCAGUAGCAAUCUGGGCACAAGAACCACAUGAAUUUUUAUUAGCUGAAGUGAUUGCAGUCUAGACUUUCUCUAAAAUGGUACAGCAUUACACUGUAGUCUGAGUAAUAUUCUGAAGACCAUUAUAAAAAAAUGCCUCACUUAAUUAGAAAGCAUUUUAUGUUCGUUAUUAACCUUAAAUUCUUGACCCGGAUUACACAAAAUACCACUGUGCAGGCUCAGUUCCCUUAAAUAGGAUUCAUUUUAGACUGGAAAACCUUGAUCUUAAUUUAUCUCAUUUCAAAUUCAGUUCUAGCAAGAUUAGACCCAUUCACAAGGAGUCUCUUCAAUGCAUGUGAAUAAUCUCACCCCUGAGCUAUACUGCACAAGAAAUGGGGCAAGGAAAAGGAAGGUGACUUUGUGCUUUUCAUUACCUUUGAGUGGCUUUUAAAUCUCUUGAUCACUUGUUUAGUGAGAGCUUCACAGGAAAUAAUUUAGAUACUUUAUUAGGAAAAUAGAAUAAUAGGUUUGCUGUUAAUUUGUGAUUACUUCAAGCAAUGCAGGAAUUCAGUAAUUGCCCUGGAAUUGAGUGUCAUUUCACUAGCAGUAAAAUAAACUUUAUGCUUGAAGAAGCUACCAGACAAGCAGGUUAAACUGAGUGUAAGGAUGAAGCCACUAAGAGCAAACAUGUCACUGCUGUGGUGCUGUCACUCUGGGGCAAUCAGUCACUCCCCUGCAGGGCACAGGGAGCCCCAGAACAGCCUCAGGAGCAGUGGCACUGACCACCAGGGAAUAGCAGUCACAAAACCUCCGCCAAGCUAAGCAUCCUGCUCUUGUCUCCACUAACCAGCUGAAGUUAAACUUGCUUUUAAAAGAGCAUUGCCUAGGCGGGCAGCUGCUGCCUGGGAAGAUAAAUGGUUUAGUCCUGUAGUUGAAUCAAAGAUCUGCAGAGACUUCAGCUGGGGGCAGGGAGACUGAGGCCUUUUGCCUCCAAGGUAAUUAGUUUCCUUCUUUCAGACAGCCUAAUGUAGCCAUCUAAAUAUAUGUUGAAAAUUGUCUUCUUAACUGCUACUGUCCUUCUUAAAAGAGUUUUUUGGUGUGUCCCUGAUUCACCACCACUGCCCUACCCUGGGAUAUCAUUCACCUGGGCACUGCUCUUUAUUAUCUAGCAAUUUUUGGAGAAGUUCUCCUGUGCUUGCCUGCUGUGUUUCUCUUGACCUUUCCCAACUUUUUCAGCAUGAAUUAGAAACAAAUAGAAUAACUCUUCCCAUCUCCCAUUGGAUUCUGAAAAGCAGAGGGUGAUCCAAGCAGGGCUUAUUAGGGUGGGAUGUUUUUAGGGGUUGGGAGGGGAGUAGUUCUUGGGGGCUUUUCUGCUGCUCAGUACUUGAGCAGCAACAAAGACAUAGGAGAAGCAGUUCUUGACUGAGUCUCAAACAGAGGGUUCUUUCAUAUGGAAACAUAUUUUUAUAUUGCAUUUGUACAGAAUUUUCCCUAUUUUGAUCUCCCAGCAUUUUUAGAUUUGCACGUUGCUCAGAUUUGAUUUCUUUUGCAAGGUGUUAUAAAAUAUAUAUUUUGUGUUUGUUAAUGUAUUAUAAAUGUAAAGCUAAAUUUUGGUUGUCUAAUAAAUGUGCACUGUGGUGGUAUCUGGUUUAUUGUUUUGUUAACUUGAAUUGUUCGGUUCUUAAUAUGAAAAGGAAAAACUUGUCAUUGUUGGGGCUGUCUUGUUACCAUAAAUAAAUGUGUGGAGUGCAUUUAUUUUAAAAGUAACUAAAAAUGGCUUAAGCAGGUAAUGAUUAAGAAUACUUGAUAACAAAAGUUAAGGUCCAGACUAGUUCACAGGAUUCUUUUAAGAUCAUUAUCUGAAGAUUCCUGAGAUUUUUAUCUUGUUUCCCAUUAGUUUUUGUUAUGGAUACUCAUACUCAAGUGACUUUAAGACACAUAGUAAUUGCAAUCUGGUAGCAUUUAUGAGAAGAUCUGAGGGUGAGUGUUUGGCUGUAUUUAAGGACUAACUGUGGCAGAAGUAUUUACAAUGAACAUGAAGAUAAUUUUUUUACAGAUUGAGAAUAGAUUCAAGUGUGCAAAUUUAUAGACUAUUACAAUGUCUAGGAGCUUUGUUUUGUCCAGAGACAGCACUAACUAUACAUUGUCACAACUUCAGGAAACCCUCUGGAAACAUUACAAACUUUAGAAGAUCAUUUUAGGCAUCUCCACUUGUAAAUAGCUGUGUUGAUAUUUUUGUUGCAAACUUUUUCCUUCAUUUUUAGCUGCUUUGUAAGUUUGAUUGUUUUCAGUGCAAAGAGGUGGAAAUGUAUUUUUCUAGAAGAAUGAAUGUACCUGGGAUUUAAGCACUACAAAAAGCAUUUAAUGAACAUGGACUGCCUUCCUAUGAAAUAUAUUUCAGUAAAGUUG